CAUUACAUAUGCCAUUUCAUUUCCCUGAACUCUCCUUUGUCAUUUUCCCAAAGAGAUAUAGAUAGUGGUUGAACAAAAAAGUGUUUUGUUUUAUUUUAUGUAACGUACAAAAAGGUUUGAUAGAAGUAGAAAUUAAAAAUGUGACUGAGUCCCCAAGGAACGUAACAUUACAAUCCAACACUUCUUCAACUCACUCUCUUUAAUUUCCUUGAUCCAUUCUUCUUUCUCCAAAUUACAAGUUAGGGAAAUUAAGCUAAGAUAAGUUAGGAAGAUGAGUGAGAACUUAAUGGAAAAAGUGAACGCAUUAGGAGAGCGUCUCAAGAUUGGUGGGGUGGAAGUAGGUCGAAAGAUGAGUGCCGGAAUGAGUUCUAUGAGCUUCAAAGUAAAGGAAUUUUUCCAUGGUCAAAACCAUGCAGACAGGCUCGUCGAGGAGGCUACAUCAGAGUCCCUCGACGAGCCUGACUGGUCUAUGAACCUUCAAAUCUAUGACUUGAUCAAUGAUCAUGAAAGCAUCAACGCAGGCGAAGUGGUUCGGGCGAUCAAGAGGAGGAUCAUGAUGAGGAAUAAUCCGAGGAUUCAGUACCUUGCAUUGGUCCUUCUUGAAGCAUUGCUUAAGAAUUGUGACAAUAAGGGAUUCAUGGAAGUGGCAUCUGAGAGAGUUCUUGAUGAGAUGGUUAAACUAAUUGAUGAUCCUUUAACAGUUUCUAGUAACCGCAACAAGGCUUUGAUCAUGAUUGAGGCUUGGGGAGAAUCAACCACUCAGCUUCGUUAUUUGCCUAUUUUUGAAGAAACUUACAAGAGUUUGAAAUCAAGGGGUGUUGGAUUUCCUGUGAGAGACAAUGAAAGCUUGGCUCCAAUUUUCACUCCUCCUCCUCGUCGUUCAUCCUCUGCUGCUGAUUCAGAUGAUAUCAUUUUACCACAUCCCAUUCGCUAUGAUAUUCCCAUGCGAAGCUUCACCUCUCAACCAACAACAAAGGAAGCUUUUCAUGUUGCAAGAAACACCAUUGAGCUUCUCUAUACUGUCUUAUCUUCUUCACCACACCAGCAACUUUUACGGGAUGAACUGACAACCUCAUUAGUACAACAGUGUCAAAGGUCUCAAUGUGAUGUGCAAAGAAUAGCUGAGACUUCUGGAGACAAUGAAGCACUUCUUUUUGAGGCAUUGAAUGUGAAUGAUGAGAUUCAAAAGGUUCUAACCAAGUAUCAAGAAUUCAACAAGCCUACAGCUCCUCCUGCUCUGCCUACAUUUACUCCACUCCAACCGGUUGAGGCGGAGGAAUCACCCGGCCGGAACACAACUGAAGAUGAUGAUGAUGAUGAUGCCUUGAUUAGGAAGCCAAGUGAUUCAAGGGUUGGAUUGAGCCAUGAUGACAUGAUGCAUGAUCUUGAUGAGAUGAUUUUUGGCAAAAGAGGUGUUGGAGAUGAUCCUACCAACCAACACCAAUCAUCAAAGCAUGAUCUCAUCUCCUUCUAAUUAUUUAUGCUUGCAACAAACGACACAUAACCUUAAUUAGUUAUAUACUUAAUUACUAGUUACUUCUAUAAUAUAUUAGAUCAUGGUUUUGAACCUUGUUCUUCAAACCUCGUUGAUUUAUUUAAAAUGCGUCCUAUAAAUACAUAUAA